AUGGGUCGUGCAAAACAAUUAAACUGUACAGAAAUUGGAAAAGUUCAGGCGUUAAAAGUAGAAGGUGAAAAUUACGGUAAAUUGUACAAAGGCAGAACUAAAGAAGCUUUAUCGCCAAGAGACAAAAGGUCGAUUUUGCGUAAUGCAUCAAAUUCCACUUCUAGUGCUAGGCAGAUUGCUGAAAAAGCUAAUGUUUCAGCUAGUAUACGAACUGUACAACGGUAUUUGAAAAAGGUACCUACUAUUCAAAGAAAAUGUUUGAAGAAAAAACCAUGUUUGAAGGACCACCAUAAAAAGAAUAGGCUCGAGUUUGCUAGAAUACAUAUGAAUUGGACGACACAAUGGCAAAAAUUGAUAAAUAUGCCCCGAACAAAUAAAAAAACUACAUUUACAAAGAAAAAAGAAAAAACGGAGACAGUGAAGAGGGAAAAAUGUAAAAAUAAAUACUUACGAUUUACCGAAAACGAUUUAAUAAAUGCAUUACAAGCUGUAAAGAAUGGAAUGCCCAUAAGAGUUGCGAGUAAGCAGUUCAAAGUGCCUUACUCUACAGUCAGAGCUAAACACAAGGGCAUAUAUGUUAUUGGAAAGAGAAGUGGCCCUCCAACAAUUUUAAGUAAAGAGGAAGAAAGUAUGCUUGUGGAUUGGAUCCUUUCAAUUGCUAACAAAGGUUUCCCUUUUACUAAAGAUGUCUUGUUGGAUAGUGUACAACUGUUAAUAAAAAAAAUGAAUAGACAGAAUCCAUUCACUAAUGGAAGGCCAGGCAGGCAUUGGUUUGAAGCCUUUAUGAAACGCCACCCCCAGCUUUCAUUAAGAACACCCCAGAAUUUAUGUGAAAGACGUGGUCAGGUGUCUGAGGGAAAAAUACGGGAGUGGUUUAAACAAAUUGAAGAUUAUCUUAAAUCAAACAAUCUGCUUGAUAUUGACUCAUCUAGGAUUUUUAAUUGUGAUGAAUCAGCUUUUUUUUUAAACCCAAAAGGCAAUAAAGUUAUCACAAAUAAAAAAUCUAAAGGGAUUUAUAAUUUAGUUGGUGCAAAUGAUAAGGAGUGUAUAACAACAUUGAUUACAGGUAAUGCAGCAGGUGAGCUAUUACCACCAAUGAUUAUGUUUUCAUACCAAAGGCUACCAUCAAGCAUCAUUGAUAAAGUGCCUCCAGAUUGGAGUGUAGGAAAAUCUGACAAUGGCUGGAUGACUGGAGAGUCAUUUUAUGAAUACAUGACCAAUGUAUUCUACCCAUGGUGCAUUAAAAAUGAAAUUAAAUUUCCUAUAAUCAUGUACCUAGAUGGACACUCAUCACAUGCUACAAUGGCACUAAGUGACUUUUGUGUAGAACAUGAAAUAGAAAUUAUUUCAUUAUAUCCUAAUUCCACCCACAUUACCCAACCAAUGGAUGUUGCGUUAUUCCGUCCAUUGAAGGAAGCCUGGAAAAGAACCGUCACAGACUGGAGAAUGCAAAAUGGUGGCAAAGCUGUAGAAAAACAAAACUUUGCACCUGUUCUACAAACUGCUUUGCAUUCUCUUAAUGUUAAAAAUAUUCUAACACAGGGCUUUAUUGCUUGUGGACUUGCACCGCUUUCUGCAGAUGCUGUCAACUAUGAAAAAUUAUUGAAUCACGAUCAACUCUUGCAGCAGAAAAAUCUUACAAAUAUGAACAGUUCCACAAGCUCCCACAAUAACUAUGAAUGCACUUUAACAUUUAUAGAAGAUUACAUAGAUGAUAAAACAGUGCAACUUUUUAAAGUAGCUGAAGGCAGAGAUGGAAAAUGGUAUGGAGAAGAAAAAUAUGAAGUACUAUUUUCAAUCUGGCUGGAAUGCAGAAAACUUAUGUUAAAUAAGAGUGCGGGAAUGAUAGAGAAGAGAAGCAUUGAAAUGUCUUCGGCAGAUACAAUUUCUAAUCAUGAAAUAGUUAAUAUUGAAUUUAUUAACGAUAAACAGGCAGGUAGUAGCAAGUGUGAUGGAAACAUCAUAGAUAAUAAUUUAGAACACUUAGAUUUAAGUUCUAUUAGUGAGGAUAUAUUAGAAAAUAAUUUAGACAUAAGCAAAUAUGAAAUAGUUUCAUAUGACUCAACUAAGAUUUACACAUCCGCACAAAUUACACAAUUAAACCAAAUAAAAUCUAAAAAUAAUUCAGAUAUAGCAGAGCAGCCAGACAUUUUAUCACACGACGUGAUAGUUUAUUAUAAUAGUGAAGUAACCGAUGAAAUUGCAUGUCCAAAUAAACAUGGUAAGUAUUUAAAAUAA